AUGAUCUGCGCAGCUGAAUCCACGAUAGUGGCUAACCCCUGCGGCACUAAGCCCGUACCUGCAGGUAAGACAGGGGUCAAACCAACGGCCGUCGCUGGGGUGCGUUGGGCGACGGCCACACGAGGCGUUGCACGGGAUAGAGUUCACAACUCUAAUCGCUGCGACCGUGGUAGUGACCGGAGUGAUGAUGCGGCGUCAGCUCGCGGGCAGGGCCGCUGUGCAUCAAAGAGAAACGUAUAUCUGCGCCUGCCGAUGUUGCUGGCUUGCCACGCGCGACCCUUCCCCUGCGCUCCGCGCUCAGACAGUGCGCCCAACCUUCCAGAGCCACCUCUUCCCGUCGACACGACUCGCUCUGAGUCGUCUGCGCCGUCUGCUCGCCGUGCCGCCUGUGUUGGCUCCGCGCCAGAACAGUGCCAGAAGGUUAUGAGGCGCGGGACCCCUUCCCCGGUGGGCCCACCGCACCUGGCACCGCGUCCACUGAAUCGACCCUCAUCGUCGCUGCCCAGGAUCCCACCAAUGCGUCCCUCGCCCAGGUUCCUGGGGCGCCUCCUGUUGGUGGGUGCUUUGCCACGUGGGAAAGCACUUGCCUGUGCUGCCUGCUGCGACCGGCCGCGCCUUCCUCUCGUGUCCUUUCGCCGCCCGCGCAGCAGCCAGCAAGCCCACCAUCCAGGCAACUCACGCGCCUGGGGAUGCAAUCCCGCUGCGAGAAGCACCGCCGACGGCCGGAAUAAGAGCGUGGGCCCGCUCGGUGAGUGGACCCUAGCUCUCGCUCUCGCUUGUGCUUCUGGAAGUCUGCUAGAAAUUGGCAUGUCGCGGUGUCGCAGAUGCCAAUCGCAGGCUUCCUCACCAGGCGUCGGCGGUAACGCUGUUUCAAUUGAUCAAACACAACGUCUGAGAUGCGUCGCCGGAGCUACCUGUUCCAUCGCUUCGACUUGCGCCGCCUCGGCCGCCACCGUCCUCCCUCAGACCUGUCGCAGUCUCACUGCGAUCAGAUCGCUGCAAGCCUUCCGCACAUCCCAGGACACGGAUGCCGUGCAAGCUUCCGCGGGUGCCUGUCUGCUGGCGCAGCUUUGCUGCACCUACCAGGGUCAUUGCAGCGUACCGGUUUCACGCACAACCACCUGUGCGGUGUCAAAAUUCUACAUGUCAUUGCGUCGUCCCCCACAGCAAGCUUUCCUAGAGGCUGUUCAGCGCUCGGUUCGUUGCACACAUCAUCGGAAAUUUCACCUGUCUGCCAACACCAUCGUGGUCUCUCCGCCACCGCUGUUCCUGCACGGCGCCCCAGCCUGGCAGCUUGACGGAUUUCUCCACAGCAAAAACUUUUCGAAAUUGCGAUCCGGCUGUCCACUCCGAUGGAAGCGAAGCAGGGGGGCGCUUCUCGAAGCCGGCAUAACUUGCACAGGCAACCCUGCCGACACGUGGAGUCUCUCUGAGCUGUGGCCUUCCACCUGGCGACUGGAAAACACCGUGGAAGCCAGUUCUCCGAUGUUCCAUAACAGACCGACGAACGACCAGAGCAUUGUACGGCCCUAUCACACAGAUACUGCAAAGCCCAAGUGGACAGGAGCACUUCCACGAACAUGUUCGGACCGUUUCUUAAGAUGCAACCUCCACUUGAAAACACUAGGCAGCCGGUACAACGUACCAGCAUUACCCAGUAGGAUUGUUUGCAGCAAGACGGUUCGGCAUGAGGAUGUUGCAGCCGCACUGUUGUACAACGGUCCUAUUGACUGA